UAUACCGUAACGGUUUAGGCAACGAACGGGAUGCGAUGUUAGUGAAAGGUUGCUCGACAAACAUUCCUACGUCCUCGCAUACAUACGUUCGAUCCGCGUCGCGCGUUCUUUUCUCAGGCUGCGUGUGGCGCGUAUCGCAUACAUAUGCAUGCCCGUACCUGCCGCGACCAGCGCGUAUCUACAUGCACGCGGAAAGCCAUGUAUCGCGAUCGCGUACCCUCCAUACGGGCCACGGGCACGGGUUUUUACCGUUUCCCCUACCUGGGAGAAUCGUGAGUCGAGGCGGUUUCUCAUUCUCCACUGCAGAGUAUACCUACAUAAGUAAAGUUGCGAGGACGUGCCCCGUUACCUGUGCGUCCGCGAAUAUCAGCGAACACUCCAUCCUCCGCUGCCGUUCUUUCGCGAUCUCGACUUCAUUCUUGGUUCCUGUGUAAUCGAUACCGAACAUAGUUCUCAGAGUUCAGAGUUUUCCGUUCCCUUUGAGCGUCUCUCAAUCGUUGGUAUCGUCGAGUGCGCGAAUCUCGAAGAGAUAGAGAGAAGCGACGUAGGGCGAGUGUGUCGGAAUUCCCGAGAGAUCGUCGAAAUAAAACGAGCGACGAGAAGCGAUAUGUAUCGAGUCACUUGGUGACCGAUCUCGAAUCCAAAAGUGUGUCGAGCCGUCAAAUUUGUACGAACGGUGAUGUCACGCUCGAACGAGUAAGGCAAAACAGGGAACAUGAGAAGAGCGUGGCAUUUGACGCUGAUCGUAUGCUCGCUUUCGAACGUCGCCCCGUCGUGGGAAGCGGGAGCGGGAUGGAUACCGUGCGUCGAGCUGAAACGGGACUUGCACUUACCGUGCAGGUGCUCGAUCUCUACGGAGUACAGCCGCUCGAUCGAGAUGAACUGCGAUCGGGCGGUGUUCACGAGAGACACCGUCGAAAGUAUGCGAGGCCAGCCGAUCGUUUCCAUCAGCCAGAGGAAUAGCGGAUAUCAGAGUCUGCCGGAAGACCUGCUCGAUUCCGGUUUGAGUCUGCGAAAGCUCGAUUUGUCGGGUAAUUCGAUUCACAGACUGAUGGGCAGACUUCUCGGUGCACAGGAUCAACUCGAAGAGCUGAGGCUCGCGGAUAAUCUUCUGGGGGACAGUUUGAAUCCCAUAUUUUCCAGUAACGAGUUCCACGGUAUGAAACAGCUCAGGCUGCUCGAUUUGUCCAGAAACGGAUUGCGGAGUAUAGAGGAGGGGAUCUUGAAGGGAUGCGAGAACCUCGAACUGCUUUACUUGGAUGGUAACCAUCUGACCGUCGUGCCGACGGCGUCUCUGAAAGGACCCAGGUCGAUCAGGGUGGUCUCGCUGUCCGGGAAUAAUAUCGGAUCGCUUCCACGAGCCGCUCUCUCGAUGAUAGGCGAAUCGCUGUUGCGGCUAGAUCUGAGCGCGAAUGAAUUGUCUCACAUGGAAGACGGUGCUCUCUCGGGCCUCGAUCAGUUGCUCCUGCUGAACCUCUCCCGCAACGAUCUCGUCCGUUUCAACAGCGACGUCUUCAAAGGGGCUUACAACUUGUUGCAGUUGGACCUGUCGAGUAACUUACUCCAAGAGUUCCCUGUCAGUGCGUUGAGACAUUUGACAGAUCUGAAAUUUCUCAAUAUUUCGAACAACUUGAUCGGCGAGAUCGAGCAAACUCACUUGUCGACUCUGAAAGAGCUCCAAGUAUUGGACCUCAGUCGGAACGACAUCGGUCGGUUAGGCGUGAACGCGUUCUCGCGGCUGACCGAACUGACCAGGCUCGAUUUAAGUUUGAACGCGUUACGCACGAUCGAGGAAUCGUCGUUCGAUGGUCUGAACAAGUUGAAGUGGCUCUCGUUACGAGACAACAACAUCCUGCUGGUACCGACGACGGCCCUGACCAGGCUGCCGUCCCUGACUCAUCUUCGCAUGGAAUUCAAUCGGAUCGCGGCGCUUCCGAUCGAGUCGAUCGAAGCGAUCGCGUCGAACCUCGCGACGUUGGCACUCGCGCGGAACCUGAUUCGCGAAAUACCGCCCGGGUUGUUCCAGGAAUUCGAGAGGCUGGUCAGAGUAGAGUUAUCCGGAAACGCGUUGACGAGGCUCACGCGGGACUCAUUCCUCGGCCUGGAGGAGACGCUGCUAGAACUGGACGUGUCUUCGAACAAGCUGGCUACGAUCGGCGGGCUGCCGUUAAAGCGACUGAUCUCUCUGAAUCUCGCGGGUAACCGAUUGACGAGAAUCCCACCUGAAACGUUCGAACAUUUGAAGAACGUCAGAUAUUUGAACCUCAGUUCGAAUCCUCUCUUCGGCGGUUUCCCACCGGUGUUUCCCUCGUCCGUGGUCGACCUCGACGUCUCGCGGACUGACUUGAACGUUCUACCGGCUAUCUUGCUACGGAAUCUGGAGUCGCUCGAGAGGAUAUCGCUCGCGGACAACCGGCUGGAAAGGAUCGAGGAAGGCACGUUCGAUCGGCUCGAGAAUCUCUCGAGGAUCAAUUUAUCUGGGAACCGCAUCGAGUCGAUCUCGAACGCGGCGUUCGUCGGUUUGACCGGCCUGUACGAGUUGAAUUUACGAGCCAACCAGCUAAAAUCGUUCGCCGGCGAGUACUUCGACACCGGGACGGGUCUCGAGAUCCUCGACCUCUCGUCGAACCAAAUAGAUCGGGUGUCGCCAACGGCUUUCGCGGUCCAUCCGAGACUGCGAUCGCUCGAUCUCUCCGACAAUAGAUUUCUCUACUUUCCCAGCGACCACGUGAAACCGUUGCAGUUUCUCGAGCGACUCGACUUAUCUGGCAACGGGCUAAAACGUGUCGCCGAGUUCGCGUUCUCUCAGCUAGGUCGGCUUCGGACGUUGAAUCUCGCCGGAAAUCGAAUCGAGUCGGUCGAGGAGCUCGCUUUCCAUAAUUCUACGCAGCUACAGUCGAUCGAUCUCUCCGAAAACGACAUCGAGGCGCUCGGCGAAAGGACGAUGGAGGGUCUACUGCGCCUUGAACGUCUCGAUCUCCGAGAAAAUCGGCUGACCUCUUUGCCGGAGACGAUCUUCGAUCCGAGCAGAGUCCGCUCCGUCGAGAGGAUCGAUCUCUCCGGGAAUCUGUUGAACGAAAUUCCGAGCAGGUCUCUCCAGCGACAGACCGCCUCCCUCGUCGGCUUGAACCUUGCGCGAAACAGGAUAACCGAACUCACUACUACGAGCCAAGUGGUGACGAGCAACGUGAAGGAACUCGAUCUUUCGGGCAAUCCUCUCAGCGAGAAUGCGAUCAGCGCUAUUUUGGGAGAAGCAAAGAUUCUUCGUACGUUGAAUCUGGCCGAUACCGGAGUAAAAAUGGAACGGUUGGUCGUCAGGCUCGAAACACCUUUCCUCAAGAACCUGAACUUGUCCGGGAACAAUCUGCUGGAUUUAGAUGCGAAGAUCUUCGAACGCACCACCAUGCUGGAGACGUUGGACGUUUCUAGGAAUGGACUAGCGGAUCUUCAGAACGCGAAUCGAGCAUUCCAAGCGCUACCGGCUCUUCGCUGGUUAGACGUUUCCGGCAAUCACGUGAAAAUCGUCAACGAGACGUGUUUCGACCGAUUGACCGGACUGCGUACUCUCAGGAUGGCCGACCUGCCGAACUGUACAAGGAUCGAGAGGAACGCUUUCAAACCGUUCGCCAAGCUUCGCUCACUGUCCGCGUACGAUUACCCGAAGCUGGGCUACUUCGACGUUCAGGGUAUCCUAAAAGGAAUGAACUCGCUGGAGACAUUGGACAUCGAGAUCAAGGAUUCGUCCGUGAGCAAUGAGCAACUAUCAUUGCGCGCGCAUCCUCGUUUGAAUCGAGUGACUCUGCGAGGGGAGAGGCUGAGGACUGUGCUGUCGAGCUCUCUCGUCGGCUUUCGAGGGUCCAGGCUGUCCUUCGGUCUGAAGAACACUUCCGUCGACUCGAUACCGGCCGCGCUCUUCUUCCCAGUACCCCGAUCCACCUAUUUCGAACUGGACGUAUCCGGUAGCAAGUUGACUACGUUGUCCAACCAGUUCCUCGCCGCGCUCGACGAACGUACCGGGCUCGUCGCGAUCAAAGGUCUUCGUUACAAUCCGAUCGAUUGUACUUGCGAGGUAAGACGACUCUACAAGUGGCUGAAAUCAAUGGUCGCUCCCGUCGAUCCGUCGAACCUACCGGUCUGUUCCAGUCCACCUCGCUUGGCUGGUUCCGAACUCAUCGAGUUGCCCGAACAUCGGCUACUCUGCAACGACGUCUCCGUCGAAGAGCUCCCCGACGACGUUGCUGCUGAUCCCACUGUUUCUUCGACGGCUUCUUCGUCUUCUCCCUUCUCUUCCUCUCUCGGAUCGACCUCGUUCUCCGAGCCAGAGAUCAUCUGGACGGUGGCACCUGCGGUUCAAAAUGCAGAUCGGAACAAACAUUUGAACGGCAUAAACGGCGGCGUGCUCGGCGACCGUGGCGAUCGCGGCUCGUCGUCGACGGCUUCCGGCACGGACGACACUUUGAUCAUCGGAAUCGUCGGUGGCGUCGUCGCGUUCAUAGCGUUGAUCGUGAUCAUGAUCUGCAUCUGCCGUUUCAGAUGCUCCUCCAGUCCGAUCGAUCAAGCGCAUUUGGCUGCUGCUGUCGCCGCGAGCAGUAUCCCCGAUGUCUCGAUGAUCAGACCGGCCAGCGCUUAUUCCGGAAAGAUGAAUCUCGGAUCGUAUAACGGAUCUACUCUGGACCGAGGAAACGCAAUCGCGUCUCCUCUACCUACCAUGCCUCUUCAAAUGGUGCCAUUCGUCCAGUCACCGCAGGGUCUACCCUUCAUGCACACCCUCACGCUCUCGCCUCAUACUCAAUCUCAUCUACAAACGCAACAGUAUUACGGCUACUGUGACGGCUCAUCGUUACCGGUAUACAUUCCGACAUGCCCAACCGACAAUACUAAAUGCGACAGAUAAAUUCCCUUUGCUCUUCGCUCUAUCGUCGUUCUGUCAUCUCGUCGUCUCUUCUCUAUCAUCUUACGCACGUCCACCAGUGUUCUAUGUCUCUCCGUCGCAACGAUUCACCUCCCAACGACCAAUGGUGAUUGAAAAGUUUCGGUACUCCUUUGUGAAUACACGACGCAACAGUCUCUGAUAAUAUAUACUUCUAUGAGCACGCACAAUUGUGUACGUAAUACCAUAUUCGAUCUUUCGAGCAUGGCCUUACAUUUACUGUAUUAUACUUAUAUGUUCUUAUAGAUAAGCAUAUACAUUUCUAGUAUAUAUGUAUAGUAAUACAAUUUAUAUAAGUCUACUAGUCCAAUUCUCUUAUUUAUUGUAUAUCAAUCGUCUCGAGUAAAGUUUUACCAACAUUCUCUUUCUCUCGACUAUCCUGGUAGUUAAAGCAAUAGUCUGUAUUACGUAAGAAGUCGUAAGGUUAAAUAAAAUUCCUAUGAAAUUCGUUUUUACUUGAUUACUACUGAAGUACUCGAGAUAGAAGAAAA